GCAGGCUGCCACAGAGGCAUUGCAGACAGCGCGUUUGGGAGGUGUAGUGGAAGAAAGGCAAAGAAACGGAGUAAAUGAGAGCACUUUUGUCCAGAUUGUUGAAGGACUCAUCAACUUAAUAUACCGCCGAAACAGCCCACUAUAAUGAGACGGACACACUGUUGAAUUCCUGUCCAGGUAAAUGUCCGCGUUUCCUUCGCAUGGUUAACUACAAGAGGUCGACAGCUAGACAGGGUAACCACCAUUGAGAAGGCGGCUGUAAACCCCAGGACCCCGUCUCCAGGCUCCUGCACAGGGCUGAGUGAAGGAAACUUGGGAAACAAAGCUGUGUCUCUCCCUGUGGGAAACCUGGAUCCUCCACCCUGCCCACCAACAUGACCAAUGUGGUGAUUGUCAAGGAGGGAUGGCUGCAUAAAAGAGGAGAAUACAUCAAGACCUGGAGGCCAAGGUAUUUUCUCCUGAAGAGUGAUGGUACAUUCAUUGGCUACAAAGAGCGACCGCAAGAUGUUGACCAGCUGGAAACCCCCUUAAAUAACUUCUCUGUCGCACAGUGCCAGCUGAUGAAGACAGAACGGCCCAAGCCCAACACAUUUAUCAUCCGCUGCCUGCAGUGGACCACUGUCAUCGAGCGCACCUUCCACGUGGAGACCCCCGAGGAGAGGGAAGAAUGGACUAAAGCCAUCCAAACAGUGGCUGAAGGCCUGCAGAAACAAGAGGAGGAGAUGAUGGACUCCUCUCCGGACCCCAUGGACAUGGAGGUCUACCUGACCAAAAUCAGACACAAAGUGACUAUGCACGACUUUGAAUACCUCAAACUCCUGGGAAAAGGCACUUUUGGCAAAGUUAUCCUGGUAAAGGAGAAGGCCACAGGACGCUACUACGCCAUGAAGAUCCUGAAGAAGGAGGUGAUCGUAGCAAAAGAUGAAGUGGCGCACACACUCACAGAGAACAGAGUCCUCCAGAAUUCAAAGCAUCCGUUCUUGACAGGACUGAAAUACUCCUUCCAGACACAUGACCGCUUGUGCUUUGUCAUGGAGUAUGCAAACGGUGGUGAGCUUUUCUUCCAUCUGUCAAGGGACCGCGUGUUCUCAGAGGAGCGGGCACGAUUCUAUGGCGCAGAGAUAGUGUCAGCGCUUGACUACCUGCAUGCUGAAAGAAAUGUGGUAUAUCGAGAUCUAAAGCUGGAAAACCUCAUGCUGGACAAAGACGGACACAUAAAGAUCACAGAUUUUGGCCUGUGUAAGGAGGGGAUCAAAGAUGGCGCCACCAUGAAAACUUUCUGUGGAACACCGGAGUACCUAGCACCUGAGGUGCUAGAAGACAACGAUUACGGCCGUGCUGUGGACUGGUGGGGUCUCGGGGUGGUGAUGUACGAGAUGAUGUGCGGCCGACUGCCUUUCUACAACCAGGACCACGAGAAGCUGUUCGAGCUCAUCCUGAUGGAAGACAUCCGCUUUCCUCGCACACUUGGCCCCGAAGCACGCUCUCUGCUCUCUGGCCUCCUUAAGAAAGACCCAAUGCAGAGGUUAGGCGGAGGGCCCGAUGAUGCCAAGGAAAUCAUGCAGCACAAGUUCUUCGCAGGAAUUGAAUGGCAAGAUGUUUAUGAGAAGAAGCUGGUCCCGCCGUUUAAGCCCCAAGUUACCUCGGAGACGGACACACGAUAUUUCGACGAGGAGUUCACAGCACAGACCAUCACUAUUACGCCACCCGGACAAGAUGACAGUAUGGAGUCAUUCGACAGCGAGCGGAGACCCCACUUCCCCCAGUUCUCCUACUCUGCCAGUGGGACCGCCUAAACGACUCUGAUACAUUCCCCCCGGUCCCCACCAUCUCCCCUCACCCCACCCGACUGCACUCUCAAAAGACCGGGGGCUGCAGCCCCUGUCCUCCCCAGCAUUGUCUGCAGAUGCCGUUGGUGGAUGCAAAAUGUACAAUCUGCAAGUUGUGUUUUCCAGGAAGGAGGAAGUUCAAGACAAAACAAAGAUAACUGUGGUUGUUCUGUGAGGCCUUUUGAACAUUGACCACAGAGAGAGAGUUAACACUACCCUGCAUUUCCUGAUUGUUAUGUUGUAUACUGAGCAGGCAUCCAUACACCAUAAUGAAUGGGGAAAUGUAGUUUUGUUAUGCACAAAUUAGGCCACUGAUGUGAAUUUUGAAAAGGGCCAUAUUGUAUUGAAAAUAUACAAGUAUCAGUCAAGCAUUUCGAAUAGAAAUAGGCAUACUGUGGACCAAAAAGCAUCAUGUGAGCAGAGUUUAUUGUUUGUUGAGUGGGUUAGAAAUCCAUGUUUUCCUCUCUUUAGACUUCUGAACAGUUACAAACAAAUACCAUUCAAACUUCAAGACAUUUUUGGCUCCAAAAGUGAAUGUACCGUAUCAAAUAAAGUCAAUCUUUCUGCAUACUUAUGUGUUGUAACACAUGGCUGAUUCUCCUAAGACCAUCUUCUGGAGAGGACUUUGUAUCACCUUUCUACUACCCUGAUGCAAAACUGACACCAAUCGGUCUGUUGUAUUAUCACGCUACACCGUGAUGAGUCUGAUGAAUCAAUUGUGCAAUACAGUCUGAUAUGGGGAAUGCCAGAAAUGCAAAGAAUGCAGCGUGUUUAAUCAUUAAGGUAAAAGCUGUCCUGCAAUGGAUUCCUCUUAACUGUUUGCACAUCAGAGUCACUGAGAGACCCCCAGUUUCCUGUUCAGGAUAAUAAAUAGCUCCUCCAGCCCCCCUGAAGUAAGUGCUUAUAGUUCCUGAUGCCUUCCUAUCUUGAUGCUGUGCUGCAGACACCUCCUGGUUUCCCUCUGAUCAGGGUCAGUCAGUCAGUGCUGACCCAUCAGAAACUCUUCUCUCCUCUGGGUUUUUCCUCCAUGUACAGUACAGUAUUGGGUGUUUUCCACCCAGUGCAUUCACUGCAGCCUCAAUGAGGUCACUUUAACAUAAUACACUUCUUUAGGAAUACUUUGCAAACAAACUGGGCUUCAGGGGAAAAACACAAAGUCAUCAUUAACAUCUUUGAUUUGCUACUUUAGGGGACUUCUGUCCCUUCACAAGCUUCUGAGUUAUUUAUGAGACCAGCAUUGACAAAAAUGAGUUUUACUGUGCCAAUGAUAUGCACUUUGCUGCCCCAAAAUGAUUGUAUUUGGACUCUUAUUUGUAUUUUAUGGUUGGUAAAGACUAAAUUAGCUUCUUUUAUAGUGUAAAUUCAAAUGUUGUGGAUACAAAUAAAACAAGAAUUGCUUGUUUGAAUGAUUUCUUCCCUUUUACAGACAGCUGAGGCUAAACUGAGACUCUUGGGAACUGAAACUCUUAUUUGAAAGUGUACUAAAAAGUUUCCCAAAAAAAAAAAAGAAACGCUUCAGAAUUUUUAAGAUGACAGAUAAUCAUUUUUCAAAAGUACAUCAUACGUUAUUGAAUGUAAUGGUUCUUAUGAUAUUGUUUUCACUUCAAUCAUUUGCAAACCUUUGUUCAGUUUUUGAAUCUGAUUGUUACUUGUUCCUAUGCACGCUCGCCCUUUGCUGUCACCUUCUGAAAAUAGGGAAAUUCAUUUUAUACUUUUUAUUUUUUAUUUCAACUGUUUUUGUACCUGCCCUCCCAUAUUCCUGAGACUGAGGACACCAGCUUUAGUAAACAAAUAAUAUAAACUUUGUACACUGUUUUUACUUGUUUCUUUCAAAUUGAUGAAAUAAAAGGUCUUAACAAUAA